GCCCACUGAGGUAUCUCCGAUCGCAGGGCAGACAGGCAGAGAGUGUAAAAUGGCGCACAGCUGUCGGUGGCGGUUCCCUGCUCGGCCCGGAGGGAGCAGCAACUCCGGUACCGGGAGGAGAGCGGGCCGAAUCAGGGUUACUGCCUCUUUGCGGAGUGUCUCGGGAGCCCACCCUAAUGCAGCUGGGCUCGGACCCGGGUUUGAUGCUGCACUACAGGUCUCUUCGGUUAUCGGGAGCAACCUGCAGAAAUUUCGGGAUGUUUUGGGGGAAUCGAGCGACUCUAGCAGCACGGAGGAAGAAGCAUUUGAAGGAUUUGGACCGGUUGUUGAACAGAAGCGAGUACAGAGCCCUUCAACAACUUCCUCAGCAGGCCCACCUAUACAGGAGAAGAAGCCAAGAGGGCGCCCGCCACGGGUCCUGUCCGCCCAGAAAAUUGCUGCAAGUCUACCUUCCCCAUCAUCCUUUCCCUCCCCAACACAGGACAAACCUGAGGGACCUGAAAGACCAGCUGAAAGGGUGAAAAGGCUACCUGGGAGGCCACCUGGGACCGGAGAAAAGAGAAGAGGCCGACCCCCUUCUUCAAGUAGCAAGAAAGCUUGGACUACGGGAAGCCAUGCAGCAGGGGAGGACACCAGGCAGGUUGGGUUUGAGCUGGACACAGAGGAGGACAAGGACAGAAAGGGUGGCAAGAAGGUGCCAGUGGGCUCUACUCAGCCACAUGAUACUGAGGCGAGGUUUUCCAAAGGUGGACGGGGUGAAUCCAAAGUUACCAACCUGAAGAGGCUGACAGAGACCAAGCUCACCCCUCUGAAGUCACGCCUCAAGACUUUGCCCGGUGUUCCCCGACGCAGACGUGGGCGACCACCAUCAGCUGAGAGGCUCAAAGCUGAAGCAGCAGCUGCUGCUGCUGCCCAGCUGUCUACCUCCAUUGAAUGUGGGGAAGGGAAACAUAAAACGUUCAGGAUCAGAGGUGGGGCCGCAGAACCACACACACCUCAGCAGCCCAUGCUAAGGAGUGUGGAUGGCACUGGGGACCAAGACUCUUCCAAUCCACCUGCCUCCCCACUUCCCUCCAAGCCAGGCAGAGCGGUGGGCCUCAGAAAAAGCCCUCGGCACAGAAAGCCGGUCAGAAUCGUCCCCCCGUGUAAGCGUCCUGAUGCUACCAUCGCCAAACAGCUGCUGGAACGUGCUAAGAAAGGAGCACAGAAGCGACUGGAGAAAGAAGCUGUAGCCAUUGGGGGUAGUGGGGGAGGAGCCAUUGAAGCUGGCAUCAGGAAGACCCCGCUGAAGAACAUCAGGCAGUUCAUCAUGCCCGUGGUCAGCACUGUCUCCCUUCGCAUCAUCAAAACACCCAAGCGCUUCAUUGAAGAUGAAGGGAGUUUUGGAACCCCAGCACCCCAUACAAAGAUACCCCGCUUAGACACAGCCCCUUCAUCUGUCUCCACUUCUGCCCAACCUGCCUGCACCAUUUCCUCAUCCCCUUCUCCUGUGCUUGUCUCCUCUACAUCUGCUGUUACUAGCGCUGGUACCACUGCCCCGACUGACUCUCUCCCGCCUCCUUCAUCUCCUGCCCCUGUUCCCUCUGUUCCAUCAACAGCUGCCGGUCUUCUGAAUAGCAGCAACAGCAACACAGCCAAUGGGAGAUUCAGCAGUAGCGCGCCAUCUUGCGGCUCAAGUGCUGUGUCACAGCAUUCCUCACAACUCUCUUCUGCAGAGUCUUCCAGGUCCAGCAGCCCGAGCUUGGAUGACUCAUCGUGCAACUCCCAGGCUUCGGAGGCCACGCAGGCUUUGUCAGAGCCAGAGGAUCAUUCUCCGUCCUCACAGGGAGAGAGAGAGGCCAACCUGCUACACACCUCACAGCCUGCGUCUCCUCCCUCUGAACCGGAGGCAGAGCAUGUGCUGGCAGAGAGGAAUCAACGAGGCCGGAGACGGCAGGGGGUCAGCCAGGGGGGUCAGAAACAGAGGGGAAGAGAGACGCUCACCACUGGGAUGAAAAAGCCAAUCAUUAGCCCACCAACAGGAGUGCUGAUGUCCUCCUCUGCACUUGUAAAUUCCCAGCAAGCUUCAUCCACAGCUUCUUCGUCUUCUUCACCUCCCCCUCUCCUCACCCCUCCACAGCCUCCCCAGUCAACCUCCACUGGUACAGCUGCUAUUAGUGAACACCACCCCCAGUCGUCUUGGAUGCCUCACCCCAUCCCGCCAUUCCUCCCUGGACCGUCAGUGCUGCCCAGCUUGUCAGACAAAAGAAGUCGCUCAAUUCUGAGAGAGCCCACCUUCCGAUGGACAUCCCUGUCCCACCCGAAACAGCAGUACUUUUCCUCUGCUAAAUAUGCCAAGGAGGGCCUUAUACGCAAGCCGGUAUUUGACAACUUCCGUCCUCCACCUCUCACACCUGAAGACGUCGGGCUGGGUGUUGGUGGGGCAGGGGGAGCUGCUCCGGUUGCAUUUCCAGCACCGGUCACCGGAGCGGGGAGUGGGACUCGUCUGUUUGCCCCUCUUCAUCCCCACACUCACCACCAGCACCCCCCAUCAUCCCGCUUUGACUCACCACUUCAAAAGCGCAGCCCGUUGCUUCGUGCUCCACGCUUUACACCCAGUGAGGCUCACUCUCGGAUAUUUGAGUCAGUUACCCUGCAGUCAUCUUCGGGGAGCAGCCCUGGAUCAAUCUCCCCACACCAGACGCCACCCAGCUCCACCAGAACCCAGCGGCGUAGGAGACGGCCGGUUCCGGGAACACUACGUGGCCAUCCACGGUCUCCAUCCCACUCGAUGACCAGACGCAGCAGCCAAAUAGGAGGCCAGAUGUCGAUGGGGAAAGGGGCCUCAGAGAUAUCUGUGCUGCCAGGCUCUGCCUCCAGUAGUAACCCCAGCUCUUUGCCAGGGGUGUCUGCAAGCCCACUAGCCACUAGUGCCUUAACUUCUGCUCCUUUCAACACUUUCUCUACGGUAUCACACGGUAUACUGGCCUCACAAGGAACACCCGAUAAUCGAAGAGGGGCCACUGGAAACCCACCUCCCAUGUCAGCUGCAUCAUCCGGUUCUUCCCCACUUUUCCCUCUCUUUCCUCCCAGUGGCCAAGACACAGGGCGAGGAGCUGGGAAGGGUGGUAAAGAAAAAUGUUUGUCCACUCCCCAGGAACCUGCUCAGAAGGAAAAAGAGAGAGAUUCUGAGAAAAAUCGUGAGAAGGAGAAGGAGAAUAAGAGAGAAGGGAAGAAGGAUUUGGAGAAAAGAAGUCGGGUUUCUACACCAGAUGGCUCCCCUAAUGCACCUUCUAGUCUGUUUACUGUAGAUGGGAGGGACUCUGAUGGUCUUGCUCCAAAAAAGGCUCCGGGGAGAAAAAAAUCAACAUCAGCUGACACGGUUUCUGACACCGCUUCCUCAGAUGUGCCACCUUCCACUGGUCCUGUGUCCUUUACUAAAGGACGUCUGCCUAAGAAAGGCAGGCCCUCUGAGAAGGGAGCAGAGAUGGAGGAUGGGGAAAAAGAGAAAGAGAAAAGAAGUACUCCCAGCCAAAAUACACCAAGCCUCCCAGUGCAUCCCAGCAGACAACAACUUCCUGUUUCCUCUAUUGGAAAAAUUUUAUCAAAUUCAGAGAAACACCCUGUGACUGACAAGCGGGUAGUUGGACUACUGAAGAAGGCCAAAGCCCAGCUCUUUGAGAUAAAGAAGAACAAGCUAAAACCUACAGAUCAGGCAAAGGUCCAGGGUCAAGAGAGUGAUUCGUCGGAGGCAUCGGUCCGUGGACCGCGCAUCAAGCAUGUAUGCCGUCGUGCAGCUGUGGCUCUUGGCCGUAACCGAGCGGUGUUCCCUGAUGACAUGCCCACACUUAGUGCCUUGCCCUGGGAGGAGAGAGAGAAGAUCCUGUCUUCCAUGGGGAAUGAUGACAAGUCUUCAGUUGCGGGCUCAGAAGAGGCAGAGCCUCAGUCCCCUCCCAUAAAGCCACGGGAGACCCGGCAAAAGGCCGUUCAAGAAGCUCCUCCUAAAAAGGGCAGACGGUCGCGGCGCUGUGGCCAGUGCUCAGGCUGCCAGGUUCCAGAAGACUGCGGUGAAUGUACCAACUGUCUGGAUAAGCCUAAGUUUGGAGGGCGAAACAUUAAAAAGCAAUGCUGCAAGAUGAGAAAGUGUCAGAACUUACAGUGGAUGCCCUCAAAGAUUCUUCAAAAGCAAGGUAAAGGCAAGAAGGACAAGAAAAAGAGGCCACCGGAAAAGAAAGAGAGCCUCAAUCCGGUGAAAGGACCAAACUCGGACUCUGGUCCCAAACCCAUUCCUGCUCCAGCAAAAGAGGAACCUCCCCGUAAAAAGAGCCCUCCUCCUCCUCCUCUAAGGCAGGGAGAGGAGAAGUCAAGACAGCCAUUAUCCAAGCAAUCAUCGCCAGCCCUCGCAUCCUCCCCUGCCCCAGCCGAUCCCCCUCAGGCCUCCGCCGCAUCCACAGCCCAGGCUCAGUCUCCCGCACCGACGUCAGAACCCAAGCAGCUCACGGUCCCAAGCGGUGCCCCCGGUAAAAAGGGGCACAAGCCACAGCAGCCUGUACCGGCUUCCACCUCCACGUCAUCUUCUUCCACUUCAUCGUCUUCUUCUUCAUCCUCAUCAUCUUCUUCUUCCUCCUCCUCCUCUUCCUCCUCUUCAUCGUCAUCUUCUGCACAAAAUUCCCCCUCUCAGUCUACGCAGUCUCAGCCGUCAUCACAACAGCAGCAGCAACGGACACUUACCAGUCAGGCAUGUUCAAAAAAGGAUGCUUCACCCAAGAUUUCGUCAAAUGAACCCAAGAAAAAAACACAGCCGCUGCAGCAGCAGCAUUCAGUGCAACAGCAGAGCUCAGCUACAGUAGUUUCAGAUACAGCCGAAUCAAAACAGUUAAAGAAGCCAACUUCUCGCUCUGUUCCCCUUUCUCCUAAACACAAACCAAAAGACAAGCCUCUGACCACUAAACCCCCGAGCAGCAGUACUUUAAACUCGCAGAGCACUCCCUCGACUAGGGGCCAGGUGAAUUCUAGAGCACCCUGCGACGGAGUGCAUCGUAUCAGAGUGGAUUUCAAAAGGAACCAUGAUGUGGAGAAGGUGUGGGAGGCUGGUGGCCUCAGCCUGCUCACCUCUGUGCCUAUCACACCCAGGGUGCUCUGCUUUUUGUGUGCAAGCAGUGGAAAUGUGGAGUUUGUCUUCUGCCAGGUAUGCUGUGAACCGUUCCAUCUCUUUUGCCUGGGGGAAUCGGAGCGCCCUCUCCAGGAGCAGUUUGAGAACUGGUGUUGUCGACGAUGCCGAUACUGCCAGGCCUGUGGGCGCCAGCACCAGAAAACUAAACAGCAGCUGCUAGAGUGCGACAAGUGCCACAACAGCUAUCACCCAGAGUGCCUGGGUCCCAACUACCCAACCAGACCCACCAAGAAGAAGAGAAUCUGGGUUUGCACCAAGUGUGUGCGCUGUAAGAGCUGUGGCACCACGAAACCUGGGAAGUCCUGGGAUGCCCAGUGGUCACAUGAUUUCUCCAUGUGUCAUGAUUGUGCCAAACUUUUUGCUAAAGGGAACUUCUGCCCACUGUGUGAUAAGUGCUAUGACGAUGAUGAUUAUGACAGCAAAAUGAUGCUGUGUGGCCGCUGCAACCAUUGGGUUCAUGCAAAGUGUGAGAAUCUCACAGAUGAAAUGUAUGAACUGCUGUCAAAGCCAGAGAGCGUUGCCUACACAUGUACCAAAUGUACCGAACGACACCCGCCCGAGUGGAGGGCGGCGUUGGAAAGGGAACUUCAGGGCUGCAUUCGCAACGUCCUCACUGCACUGCUCAACUCACGCACAUCCACGCACCUGCUACGGUACAGACAGGCGGUGAAGCCACCAGAGCUGAAUCCAGAGACGGAGGAGAGUCUUCCAUCCCGUCGUUCCCCGGAGGGCCCAGAUCCUCCAGUCCUGACAGAAGUAACCCCCACACCUCCCAGCGACUCCCCUCCAGAUUUGGAGUCUGUUGAGAAAAAGAUGGAUCAAGGCCGGUACAAUUCAUUGCUGGAGUUUAGCGAUGACAUCGUGCGAAUCAUUCAGACAGCCAUCAACAGUGACGGAGGCCAACCUGAGAGCAGGAAAGCCAACAGCAUGGUCAAGUGCUUUUUCAUCCGGCAAAUGGACCGAACCUUUCCAUGGUUCAAAGUGAAAGAGUCCAGAUUCUGGGAAAGCCAAAAAGUCUCUGCCAACAGUGGGCUCCUCCCCAAUGCUGUGCUGCCGCCGUCCCUAGACCACAACUACGCCCAGUGGCAGGAGAGACAGGAGCUUUCCCGUGCUGAGCACCCACACUUCAUGAAGAAGAUUAUCCCUGCUCCCCAGCCCAAGACCCCCGGCGAACCUGAUUCUCCGGCCUCCUCUCCUCCGCUACUUCCCUCUAUACUCCCACCGCCCCUACUCUCGCCUGAUCGCGAGGACAGCCCAGAGCUCCCUCCUCCACCAGGCGUCACAGAUAACAGGCAGUGCGUCCUGUGCCUGAAGUAUGGAGACGAGAACACCAAUGAGGGAGGCAGGCUGCUGUACAUCGGUCAGAAUGAGUGGUCCCAUGUGAAUUGUGCUCUGUGGUCCGCAGAGGUCUUCGAGGAUGAUGACGGGUCUUUGAAAAAUGUUCAUAUGGCUGUUCUCAGGGGAAAACAGCUGCGGUGUGAGAAGUGUCAAAAGCCAGGAGCCACCGUUAGCUGCUGCCUUACCUCUUGCACCAGUAACUACCACUUCAUGUGUGCCCGCCAGUGCCACUGCAGCUUCCUGGAAGAUAAAAAAGUCUACUGUCCAAAGCACAGGGACCUCAUCAAAGGAGAAGUGGUGUCUGGGUUUGAGGUGACCCGCAGGAUCCUGGUGGACAUGGAGGGCAUUAAUCUCAGGAGGAAGUGGCUGGCAGGACUGGAGCCUGAAAAUGUCCACAUGAUGAUUGGCUCGAUGGCAAUUGAUUGUUUGGGAAUACUAACUGAACUCUCAGACUGCAAACGGAAACUCUUUCCUGUGGGAUACCAGUGUUCGAGGGUGUACUGGAGUACUUUAGAUGCACGAAAACGCUGCGUGUAUACCUGCAGGAUCCUAGUUUGUCACCCUCCAGUGGCAGAUUCUGAUCUAAAGAACAUGAUGGCUCCUGAGGAGAAUCGCACAAUAGCACACAGCCCACCUUCCUUAACAGACUUUCCUGAUCCAUUUGAAUCACCAAGGCGCUCUGACACACUUUCCCCUGCCAAUACCCCCAAGCUCAGGGUUUACACCAGGAACCGACAUCCCAGCUACCCCCCUUGUCAACGGUCAAUAGGUCCUCGUCCCAUGCCAUCUCCAGGAGGUUCUUCACAGCCCCAAAGUCAUGAGAUUGUGACAGUGGGAGACUCCCUGGUAAAUCCCGGUACGCGGAAUAUUGAUUCACGUCGUCACAGCUCGCCUUCCCUCUCCCCUCCGCCCCAGCACCUUAACAGACAGAGAGGAAUCACCGCCACAUCUCACAUUUUGUCACGACCCCUGACCUCACCCCCUCCACUCAUUCCCUCCCCCGCCAGGGACCCCGAAAAGUCCAAACACUUCAGCAAAGACUCAGCAAGGAGCCCACUUCAAAAAGACGAAGAAAGAGGUCGACACUUCUCCUCGGACAGAAACAAACAGCAACCUUCCCGAGACCAAGCGACGAGAGAAGCAGACAAGGGGAGACUCCCGAGUCGAGAGCUCGACUCUAAGGAUUCUGACAAGAGUAGAUCAUCCAGAGAACCUGGGCAGAAAGACUCUGACCGGAACCAAAUGUCAACCAAAGAGCCAGAAAAGAGGAGGCCGCUGAGUAAAGACUCUGGUCUGAAAGACUUUGACAGAGGCAGACCGAUCAGUAGAGAUCAUUUAAGAGAUUCCGAAAAGGGGAGACAAACAAACAGAGACACUGAGAAGGGAAAACAGGCGAGCAGAGAAUCAAGCAUUAGAGAAACUGACAAAAGUAAGUCAUCCUCUAGAGAUCCCAGCUAUAAGGAUAUGGACAAAGGUAGGUCACUGAAUAGAGAUACAGGACUACGGGACUCUGAAAAGUAUAGACUAUAUAGCAGGGAAACAGGAAAAGACUCAGGCCAAGGUAAAGACAGAUCAUCCAGCAGAGAUGCUGACAAGGGCAGACCUCCGUCUAGAGAUUCCAGUUAUAGAAGCACAGAGAGAAACAAAGACUCUGGCUCAGGGAAGGACAGUAACACAAACAGCCAGUCUAAACACUCUGGAGGAGAGAGUAAGAACCCAAGACUGGGACCUGCAGGCUCAGGCCAGUCUUCCCCUCCCGUUGGCACUGCUGUUCACACAAGCCAGCAGAGAAGUGGCAGCACCAAGCAGACAGACAAGCAAGGGAAACAUGGAAGCAAAGAUCAGGAUGUUUCUGCAAGCCUCAGUUUGUUGCCUCGUCAGAGGUCCAGCCCAGCGUCCAACAAUAACCAGAACAAGGACAAGCCCAGCUCAGGGAAGGAGAGUAGUAGCAGCACUGGAAAUUUAAUAUCAUCAUCACUCCAUAAGGACUCUGUUGUUGGAAAAUCCGGCUCCCCACAACCUCCACUUCAGAAGUCCAGUACACGGAAAUCAAAUGAGUGCUCGUCAGGUUCAGGCACGGCAGCGACCGCAAAGCCUCUGUGGCCUUCGAGGACGUCAGCGGAGGAUGAUGCUGUUAAACGAGGCUCCGUGCACCUGGCCUCUCCAGCUGCAGCCUCAGCUGCCAAAGAUAAACACCCCAAAGUUAAAACAGCAGGCAGCAGAGACGUGUCCAAAGACCGUGACAGAGAGAAGACCUUUCAAAACGUCAACAUCAGCAACAAGAUUCCCCUUCUCAACAAUAAUGCUAAAGCUGCCGGCAGCUCCAACAUGCACGCUACCAACCCUACUUCCCACAACAGCAGCAAAAGCAAAGCUCCAAUGCUAGGAAACAGCACCAAAGGCCAUGGGAAGGCUCAGGGAGAGAAGCAUGAUACCCAGGGUGGGGACAGGUCAUCCUCAAAGAACAGAGACAGUUACUCCUGUCCAGAGAGGAAGAACAGUUCCAGCCUGGACAACUUGCACCAGACUAUGAAGACCUCUUCACAGUCUCACAGCAAGCAAGCAACUAACCAGCUUUCACUGUCCUCCAGAGAGAAGAAGCGAUCAAUUAAAUCCCCAGCUACAGCUCCACUAAAGACUGAUAUUAAGAGUGACCCUAAUGGGACCACCACCGUUACUAGUAUUUCUUCAUCCUCCUGCCCCACGACCACUGCCCCCAUAGUCUCUCCUGCUGGCCAGGGGGGUCAUCGCUCCGCAUGUACUGUUCUUUUCUCCUCUGCCAGCAGCAGUGACAGCUCUGAAUCUGACACCCAGACUCACACAGAGGAAGAGGAACUGCAUAAAGAGCGCCCACGCGGAGAGCUCAGAGACCACCGCGGUCUCCACGUGCAAGGCACUGAGGAUGAGGGCGUUGGCCCCGAAGAUGACCAUGACAGGGGUAUGGAGGAUAAACAUCACGAAGAUGACAGUGACGGAUCAGGGUCGGCCAAGCGGCGCUACCCUCGACGCAGCGCACGCGCACGCUCCAACAUGUUUUUCGGCCUCACGCCUUUCUAUGGGGUUCGCUCGUAUGGUGAGGAAGACCUUCCUUUUUAUGGCAGCGGUGACGGAGCUGGGACUGUGGUUAAGAGGAGGACGGGUGGCCGCAAGAAGUCAGCUGAGGGGCAGGUCGAUGGAGCGGACGAUAUGAGCACCACGUCUUCAUCUGGAGACAGUGGCGAGGAUGAAGACAGUGGAAUGAAACAUAGGGGUAAGGAUCCUUAUUACUACAACUUCACUCGAACAAUAAUUAACCCUGGUGAGGGCCUGCCAUCUAUAGAAGGAUUAGACCAGUGUCUGGGAAGGGGAUCCCAGCUUCAGCGUUUUCUAAAGGACGAGGAGCAGCAGCAACGAAGGGCUCAGCAAAAAGCGGAAGAGGACAUGCUGAGCGCUUUGACCUUGGGCAAGCAGCGUAUCGGCCAGCUUGAUGGCGUCGAUGAUGGGUCGGAGAGUGAUACCAGCAUCUGCACCACCAGCACCACAACCACUACAGCCACGUCCUCUUCCACCACACAUAAAAGCACUCCCAAGAGGAGAGGCAGAGAGAGACACACUGAGAAGGCCGACUCCCACGAGUCAAGCAAAGAGGCAGACAGCAGUGGCGGAGCAGUUAGUGGAAACACCCGAGAAGGGAGAAAAAACCAGAAGGAAAAUUGUCUUCCACUCGGAGGUGGGGUCAAGUCCCAGCCGCAGAGUCAGGAUCCUCUCGAGGCCCAGCUGUCCCUCAGCACAGACCUGCUUAAAUCUGACUCUGACAACAACAACAGCGAUGACUGUGGGAACAUUUUGCCAUCAGAUAUCAUGGAGUUUGUCCUGAACACCCCCUCUAUGUCAUUGCCAGCUCUGGGUCAGCAGUCUGAGCCAUCUUCUUCUGAGCUGCUGCUGGAUGAGAGCUAUGUUGGAGUGGAUGUCAACAGACGUAAAGACAUUCUGUUUGAUGACUUCUCCGAGCCGCUGCCCAGUGCGGAAAGCGGAGGGGUCGUAGAGAGUAGUGUGAAUAGCUCAAUAUCUGUGGAGGAGCCGUAUCUUCCUUUGGAGCUGCCGUCUGACCUCUCUGUCCUGACCACACGCAGCCCGACUGUCAGCACCAGUCAGAACCACAGCGCUGGGAGUCUCAUCUCAAAUACCUCAGACCGCACCAUGCUGGGCUUGAACUCGGACACAGAGACCAUCAGCGGGGAAAAGAGUGGGGACAAAAAGAGAGCAGGGCCAGGCGUGUCACCAUCAGAGAAUCAGCACGAUGGUACGUCGUUGGCAAACAGGGAUACGCAGGUCUCAGAAGGUCAUAUGACUCCUGAGCAGUUUAUUCCUAGCCCUGCUAUUGGCCAGGUAGUUGAGGCACCAGCUAACCAGGAUAUUCCAAGGAGUUCUGGUACUCCCGGCUUGCCAAGUUCACCCUCGCUGCCUCUUCAGGGUCAGAAAUACCUCCCGACUUCAGCGGCAGCAGCUGCAGGCAGCGCCAGUCCAGCACCAGGCCCAGGACCUUCCCAGGCUCAAGUGUCCAGCCCAGCAGUCAUCAAACCAGGUCCUGAUAAGCUUAUUGUAGUCAACCAACAAUUCCAGCCUCUCUAUGUCCUCCAGACUGUCCCUAAUGGUGUCACCCAAAAGAUUAGUGCAACAGGAGUGAUGGAUUCUAGCUCGCCUACAGUGCUAAGCUCCAUGACACUUACCACGGGGUUAAAUACUGGCUUGUCUUCAACCCAAUCAAUAUUUCCCGCUGGGGGCAAAGUUCUGGGUACCAUGCCUCACCCCUCUCAGAUUCACACCUUCACAGGACCCACACAGACAGGCUUUCAGACAGGGAUCCCUAGCACCACCUCAGGACUUCUCAUUGGUCUGCCGUCUCAGUCCCACGACCAGUCCCAGAUUCUGGUCUCGGAGGCCGGUCGACCACACGAGUUGGGUCCCAGUGUUGCCAUAGUGUCGAGUCCGUCCUCUCUCACCUCUUCCCCGACUGUACUUGCCUCUGCUCAUGGCAAGAAGAGGCCCAUUUCUCGUCUUCUGCCAAGAAAAAGCAAAAAGUCAGGGCGCUCCCGUAACCAGCCCACUCUGGCCCCGUCUGAAGUAGGCCCUCCCAAUAUGACCCUCAUCAACCUGUCUUCCCCUCAGAUUACUGCUAGCAUCCCCGGUCAACCUGGUGGCUUAGUUGAGUUAAGCACUCUCUCCACUUCUCAACGCAAGAUUCCCAAUAUAAUCAAGAGACCAAAAUCCGGCGGAGUGAUGUACUUAGAUCCCACUACUCUCCUUCAGCAGAGGCUUUCUGGUACUGCCCAGCCUGGUAUCCUGAGCCACGAUUCCUCGGCUCAUCUCCUACCUUGCUCAGUCUCUGGCUUGAACCCCAGCCAGUCAGUGUUAAAUGUUGUGUCUGUUCCCCCUAGUGGCGCAGCUGGACUUCUUGCCCCAGGAUCAGUAUCACUCUCCACCCCUGUUCUCAGCUCAACUGAGAUCACAGGGCAGAUUAGCAACCUCCUUUUUAAAGCAAGUCCACACGCCCUGGGCCUGUCAGAUCAGUCUGUGGUCCUUCAGUCAGCAGGAGGAGCACCUCUGAUGUCACAGCUAAGCUCCCCUGUUCAGACAUCAAUAGCUAGCAGCAUCUGCGUCCUGCCCUCCCAACAGACUAUCAGCAUGGCUGUCAACCAGCAAGGAGAGACAGACGCCAGCAGUGUUCACUUACAACAUCAGUCUCAACCCGUUAACAGACCCCAGCUUGUGGACUCAUGUGCAAACAGCACUGUUACUUUAGCGCCUGCUCCAUCCACCCCUCUAAGUCCCACCAAGGGACGUGUUGUUGGAGUGUUCACGCAAACACAGACAUCCAUGCACUCCCAGAGCAUUAGAACAACUCCUAUUUCCAAGUUAUCAGAGCAUAUGCCACCUACCUCCACAGUAGUGUCAGCAGCAGCUGCAGUUUCAGGAGCAGAGAAAGGCAAACAGAAGGGGAAGAGGAGCAGGCAGAGUCUAGAUGUAAGCAGCGGGAAGAAGCUUAAGGCCUCUCUGCCUGAGGAACAUUUCAGCAACCCUGCAGGACAGCACCCAUCCUCUAACCCAAGCUCCAAAGAGCCGAUCUCCUCUGAGCCAGUGGACACAGGAAAGCCACCGGAAAAGACGACCAACAAGAGUGUACUUGGUAAAAAGAAGACAUCCGAAGGACACGUUUUACCAGGGAAAGUGGUGGGAAAAGACAAACCUCAUGCCGCUGGAGGAACAGGCUCUCUUCCUGUGACCUCACCGCCCGACCAGGAUGGCAACAGCAGGGAUAACGGUUUAGACAGUAAACCCAAAAAGGGUAUCAUCUUUGAAAUCUGCAGUGAGGACGGGUUCCACAUCCGCUGUGAGAGUAUUGAAGAGGCCUGGAAAUCCCUCACUGAUAAAGUGCAGGAAGCUCGCUCCAGUGCACGACUCAAAAAGCUCUCCUUUGAAGGUGUGAACGGACUGAGGAUGCUCGGGGUCGUCCAUGAGGCUGUAGUCUUCCUGUUGGAGCAGCUGUACGGCACCAGGCACUGUCGAAGCUAUCGCUUCCGCUUCCACAAACCGGAGGAAACGGACGAUCCUCCCAUCAACCCCCACGGCUCGGCUCGUGCAGAAGUCCACCACAGGAGGUCAGUAUUCGACAUGUUCAAUUUCUUGGCCUCAAAACAUCGCCAACCUCCUGAGUAUAGGCCGCAGGAAGACGAUGAUGAUGAAGUGCAGCUCAGGACUGCCAGACGUGCCUCCACGGAGCUUCCACUUGCUGUGAGAUUCAAACAGCUCAAGGCCACCUCGAAGGAGACUGUGGGAGUCUACAGGUCUCCUAUCCAUGGCCGCGGCCUCUUCUGCAAGAAAACCAUCGAAGCAGGAGAAAUGGUCAUCGAAUACUCGGGGAACGUCAUUCGGUCUGUGCUCACUGACAAACGGGAGAAAUACUACGAUGGGAAGGGCAUUGGCUGCUACAUGUUUCGCAUCGAUGACUACGAGGUGGUGGAUGCCACGGUGCACGGUAACGCUGCCCGCUUCAUCAACCAUUCCUGCGAGCCCAACUGCUACUCCCGGGUGAUCACCGUGGACUGCCAGAAGCACAUCGUCAUCUUCGCCUCGCGCCGCAUCUACUGCGGGGAAGAGCUCACCUAUGACUACAAGUUCCCCAUCGAGGACGCCAGCAACAAGCUGCCGUGCAACUGCGGCGCAAAGAAGUGUCGCAAGUUCCUCAACUGAUGCCCGUACCUGAAGGACCUUAACGAGGACUGUUGAGCAAAAGCACCACAAUGACCCGCAGCACGCGGGUUUGUGGCGAUUUCAUGCGUCCGGUCUAUGAUGGACCACAGCUGCGAGCAGGCCAGGAGCUCCGUCGGCGCCCUCCGCUGAUGGUUUUGAGCACAGCAGGCUCAGCAGCUGUCGGUUGCACUGUAUAUGCAGGAAGGGCCAUUUUUUGGGAGGACGGGCCAUUUGUAGAAAUACCAACAUAUUGUGCCUCCUUAUGUCUCGUUUUCAUUUGGCACUCAGAGGUGAGUCAGAAAGUCAUGUCAGAAAGUUCCCCCUUCAUAAUUUAUUUAUAUUUUUGUUUUUAUGCAUUGGCCCAUCCUCCUUAAUUUUCUAAAUGUUUUGGUCUACUUGUGCUCAGAUGUGAACACAGAAGGAAAAAAAAAUCAAAGAACUUGGUUCAAUUUUACACCAAAGUGCAAUUUGUUGAAGGGACUUUUACUAAAGGUAAAAAUUAGAAAAUUGUUA